CCGCUCCUCGCUCUAGUACGGAUAUUCCUUGUAGUCUUCCACAAGGUGCACGUUGGUGACUUCCAGCCGAGGACGAAGUGGUUCCCCGACUACGCCCCUCUUGCGAGUUCAGUCUGACCUACCGAGAAUCAUUACUUACCACGCCUUGCGGUGCAUUGACCAGAGCCUUGGGUCAUCUUCCUGCGGGUCUCGAGAAGGUCUCGACUGAGCCGGUCAAUUCAUCCGACGGUAUAAGUAUCGGUCUCCCGCAGUCCCCUUACCACGUGGCAGCCAAACUCGCUCAUUCUUCUGCGUGUGGCUUUGAGAUUCUCCUUCUACUGCUGGCCUGACGUCCCCUCGACUCACUCUCUUUACUCGUGAACCAUGCGUUUUGUCUCCGGCGUGACCAGCGCACUGGCGCUGGUCUCUGGUCUUGUCAUGGCCGCGCCCAACCUUGCGCCGCGGGCACCGACGACCGAAGAGAUCCAGAGCGCAAAGAGCGUCGAAGAUUUCCGGGACCUGGCUAUGCAGGCUUUGGAAUCUCAGCAGGCCGAUCUCCAGCGCCGCAGUGAACAGGGUUCAUGCACUCUCGAAAACGCCCGCGUUCGACGCGACUGGGAGCAUAUGAGUAAAUGCGAGCGCAAGGGGUACAUCAAGGCCGUCCAGUGUCUUUGGGACCUCCCCGCCGUCGACACCGAGUUCUCCGCAGCGCAAAACUAUUUCGAUGAAUUCGUGGCCAUUCACGCCAACGUGACGGACUUUGUCCACGGUACGGCCAAUUUCUUCACCUGGCAUCGAUACUUGAUUGCCCUUUGGGAGGACACUCUUCGUGACCAGUGCGGGUACAAGGGCGCUCUCCCGUACUGGAACUGGUACAAGUACCAAUCCGCCCUUCACCUUUCUCCCGUGUUCGACGGCAGCGACACCAGCUUCGGUAGCACGGGCGAAUACUUCCCUCACAACGGGAAGGGUGGCGGCUGCAUCAAGGAUGGUCCGUUUGUCGGCUACACAAUCAACAUCGGCCCCAUCCGCCCUGCUAUGAACGGCUACGAACCCUGGAUGAAAGACCAGCGAGACUACAACCCUCGCUGCCAGCGCCGUGAUCUCGUCCAUGCUGCCUCGGAACGCUAUACGGUCGACGGUCUCUACGAUCUCCUCGCCGGCGAUCACUCGCACACCGUUGAGCUCAUGCAGAACGAGUUCCAGGCGGCCGGUACGCUGAGCCAGCACGGCGCCGGCCACUACGCCAUGGGUGGUGAUGGGUCCGACGUCUUCACCUCUCUGAAUGACCCGGCCUUCUACCUUCACCACGCCAUGGUGGACAAGCUGUACUGGAUGUGGCAAGCCCUUCACCCCAAGGAGGCCAACACUGUGGCUGGAACUCUCACGUACAUGAACAUUGUCCCCAGCCGCAACGGCACUGUCGAAGACGAGCUUGAUGUCGGUAUUCUCGGCCCGCACUUGAAGAUCAAGGACACCUUCAACACCCUAGGUGGAACUCCCUAUUGCUAUAUCUAUGAGUGAAGGUGUACUGAGAUCUCAGGUGCAAACCUUUGAAUAUAACGUCCAGACGACCUGUCAAUAGUACAUACAUGAUUUGGGGUUGCUCCUCUGAGCCUAGUACACUUGUUCCCUGAUACAAUGUGCGGCGUAGGCUGGUCGCCGUAUUUGAUGAUCCUUCGGUAUCAGUACCAGAGUGGUGCCGUGCCGAGAAGCUCAUCAGAGUGACGGCAGAUGAUACAGGGUAUGUUGUUUUGAUGACCGUCUGCAGCAAGUCUCUGGAGUCUGGACAGUCCGGUAUCCGGAGUUUGAUAAGAGAGAAAGAAUCCUAGAGAUUCGAAAGCAACGAUACAGAGAGCGAGUAAGCCAACGUGAAUGGGCAAUCAAAGGGGAAAGAACCUGAUGAAGGAGAGGGUUGGACGUUGGAGGGAUGUCGUCGAAUUAUGGCGGAGUCACUGAGUCUGAGAGUGCCAGGC